ACAUCAUCACAUUCUCGAAUCUCAACCUCUCUCCGAGUCUCAGAUCUCUCAAAAGCCACCACCGCACCACCAUAGCCAUACUCGCACACGAGCCAACGCCUAUAGAAAGCGGACCACACCAUCCCGCCGGCGCCAUCUUCCGCCAUCACGGUCCACCGGAGAAGCUUACAGUAGUAUAUCUUAUUCAGAGCAAAGUGAAUUCUGAUGGGGAAGAAUGAUUUUCUGACGCCUAAAGCAAUUGCCAACCGAAUCAAAGCCAAAGGCCUUCAGAAGCUGCGAUGGUACUGCCAGAUGUGUCAGAAGCAAUGUCGGGAUGAGAAUGGGUUCAAGUGCCAUUGUAUGAGCGAGGGCCACCAACGCCAGAUGCAGGUCUUCGGCCAAAACCCUACUCGAAUUAUCGAUGGGUACUCUGAAGAGUUCGAGAGUACUUUUCUCGAGCACAUGAAGCGCAGCCACCGGUUUAGCCGUGUGGCCGCCACAGUAGUUUACAAUGAGUACAUCAACGACAGGCACCACGUUCAUAUGAAUUCCACCGAGUGGGCUACGCUCACGGAUUUUGUCAAGUACUUGGGCCGAACUGGGAAGUGCAAGGUCGAGGAAACGGCCAAGGGUUGGUUUAUGACUUAUAUUGAUAGAGAUUCAGAGACCCUUUUCAAGGAGAAGUUGAAGAACAAAAGGAUUAAAGCAGAUUUGGUGGAGGAAGAGAAACAAGAGAGGGAGAUAAAGAAACAGAUUGAAAGGGCUGAGCAAUUAAUGCCUAUGGCAAAUGUCUUGGAUCAGUCUCAGGAGCUUCAGCCAAAAAAGGAACUGAAAUUGGAGAGCGGGGUUAAGAUUGGUUUCGCGCUGGGAUCAUCCUCGUCGAAGAUUGUAAGCAAGGAGAAGGCAGAGAGCUCGAAAAUGGUGUUUGAUGAGUUGGAGAGCGAAAAGGGUAACAAGGGCGAGAAGAGAAAAGCUGAUGGGAGCAGCUCGACGAAAUCAGCAUUAGAAGAACUGAUGAGGGAGGAGGAGAAGAAGAAGGAAAAGAUUAACAGAAAGGAUUAUUGGUUAUGUGAAGGAAUCAUUGUUAAGGUUAUGAGUAAAGCCUUAGCUGAGAAAGGGUAUUAUAAGCAAAAAGGGGUUGUAAGAAAAAUCAUUGAUAAAUAUGUUGGUGAAAUUGAAAUGCUUGAUAGCAAACAUGUGUUGAGAAUUGAUCAGGAAGAGCUAGAGACAGUGAUUCCACAAAUUGGAGGACUUAUUAGGGUUGUGAAUGGCGCAUACCGUGGAUCGAAUGCGAGGCUGUUAGCUGUGGAUACUGAUAAGUUUUGUGCUAAGGUGCAGAUAGAGAAGGGUGUGUACGAUGGUAGAGUACUUAAAGCUGUUGAGUAUGAAGAUAUAUGUAAAAUUGUUCAGUAAGGUUGAAAUUAAAUUUGUUAUAAAAUUGAAAUUGUCUUAUUUUGAAGAAGAUUUAAUUAUAAAGUUUGAUAUUCAAUAUCA